ACCUUCCCAACGCAAAAACCCUAUGCCCUGCUAACCGCUAAGUUGAGGUUGUACAUAGCUCACUGCUCAAAUUGGAAAACCCACACCUCUUUUUCUUCCCCCAUUUCCCCUUAAUCUCUCCCUGAAUUCCAAAUCCUGAAAAGGGUCCAAACCCCUUAAUCUCCUCUCCACCUCCCACUCUCCCCUCCAAAAAAAAAGAAAAAAGAAAAAAAGAACAUAGUUUGCUGUAUAGAUAUCCACCACAUUUGCCUACAUCAGUAGUAAAAAUGGAUCGAGAACAGCAGUGGCUCAUCAGUUGCUUGAAUGCCACUCUGGAUACUGAUCAGAAAGUCCGGUCCCUUGCUGAAGCCUCUCUUCACCAGGUCUCCCUUCAAGCAGGCUUUGGAAGUGCGUUAUCCAAAGUUGCUGCAAACAGGGAGCUAUCACCAGGGCUGCGUCAGUUAGCUGCUGUUCUUCUAAAGCAAUUCAUUAAGAAACAUUGGGAUGAAGAUGAAGAAUCUUUUGAGCAUCCUGUUGUUUCAAAUGAUGAGAAGGCCACGAUACGUAGACUUCUCCUGGCUUCAGUAGAUGAUCCUCAUAAAAAAAUCUGCACUGCAGUUAGUGUGGCUGUUGCAUCUGUUGCUCAUUAUGACUGGCCAGAGGAUUGGCCGGACCUUUUACCAUUUCUUUUGAAGCUGAUGAAUGAGCAGAAUAAUGUGAAUGCUGUACAUGGGGCUUUAAGAUGUUUGGCUCUUCUCUCUGCAGACUUGGAUGAUAAGAUGGUGCCAAAACUCUUGCCUGUUUUAUUCCCUUGUUUGCAUGCAAUUAUAUCCUCUCCUCAGGUGUAUGACAAAUCCCUUCGCUUAAAGGCUUUUUCCAUAGUAUAUUCUUUUACCUCUGUUCUUGGGAGUAUGAGUGGUGUAUAUAAGGCAGAAACAACUGCUUUGAUGUCAGAAAUGCUUCAGCUAUGGUUAGAUCAGUUUUGUGUUGUCCUUAGACCUCCAGUACAUUCUGAAGACCCUGAUGACUGGAGCAUCAGAAUGGAGGUUUUGAAGUGCUUGAAUCAGUUCCUACAGAAUUUCCCAAGCCUCAUGGAAACUCAAUUUACUGUGAUCUUGGGGCCACUCUGGCAGACCUUUGUAUCUUCACUAGGAGUAUAUGAACGAGCAUCAAUUGAAGGUGCAGAAGAUUCUUAUGAUGGAAGAUAUGAUUCUGAUGGUUCGGAGAAAAGCCUAGAAUCCUAUGUUAUGCAGUUAUUUGAGACCCUGUUGACCAUAGUGGGUAGCAAGAAGUUUGGAGAGGUUGUUGCAAAUAAUGUGAAGGAGUUGGUGUACUAUACCGUUUCCUUUAUGCAGAUGACUGAACAACAGGUCCAUACGUGGUCUCUGGAUGCUAAUCAGUAUGUCGCUGAUGAGGAUGACAACACUUAUAGUUGUCGUGUGUCUGGUGCACUUCUCAUUGAGGAGGUGAUUAGUUCUUUUGGUGCUUUGGGCAUAGAUGCUGUGCUUGAUUCUGCAAAAAGAAGAUUUAGCGAGUCCCAAGCAGAGAAAGCUGCUGGUGCUGCUAGUUGGUGGAGGAUGCGCGAAGCUACCCUUUAUGCUCUGUCUGCUGUAUCAGAACAUUUGCUUGAGGCAGAGGAUUCUGGAGUUUCAGAAGUCAGUCUAGGAAAUGUUAUGGAGCAAAUAUUCAUAGAAGACAUGGCAACAGGGGUGCAUGAGUAUCCUUUUCUUUAUGCUCGUCUGUUUUCAGCAGUUGCAAAGUUCUCCUCUGUGAUCAAAAGUAAUGUUGUAGAGCAUUUCUUAGUUGCUGGUAUCAAGGCAGUUGGCAUGGAUGUGCCCCCACCUGUGAAAGUUGGUGCCUGUCGUGCACUCUCGCAGCUUUUGCCUGAUGUAAAAAGUGAAGUGCUUCAGCCUCUUAUAUUGGAGUUAUUUUCAUCACUCACCAAUCUACUUAACCAGGCCUCCGAUGAAACCAUGCAUCUAGUACUUGAAACAUUACGAGCAGCAGCUACGGCAGGUCAUAAAGCAUUAGUUUCGAUAGAACCUGUUCUCUCUCCAAUUAUUCUUACCAUGUGGGCUUCACAUGUUUCUGACCCUUUCAUCAGCAUAGAUGCAAUUGAGGUUUUGGAGGCCAUAAAGAAUGCUCCUGGUUGUAUCCAUCCCUUAGUUUCUCGUGUUUUACCCUAUACUACACCAAUUCUCAAUAAACCACAUCAGCAGCCGGAUGGUUUAGUUGCUGGUUCUCUUGAUCUUCUGACAAUGUUAUUAAAGAAUGCUCCUAGUGAUGUUGUACGAGCAAUUUUUGAAGUUUCUUUUGAUUCCAUCACUCGAAUAGUCCUUCAAAGUGAUGACCAUAGUGAGAUGCAGAAUGCAACUCAGUGCUUGGCAUCCCUUGUUUCCGGUGGGAAAGAAGAAUUACUUAUGUGGGGUGGAGAUCCUGGGUUCGCAAUGAGAAGUUUGCUUGAUGUAGCUUCAAGGUUGCUAGAUCCUAAUCUUGAAAGCUCUGGCUCACUCUUUGUUGGCUCUUUCAUUUUGCAACUUAUCCUACAUCUUCCUUCACAAAUGGCAUUGCAUAUCAGAGACCUGGUUGUUGCUCUUAUUAGGCGCAUGCAGUCUUCUGAGAUUGCUGGACUCAGAAGCUCAUUGCUCCUUAUUUUUGCUAGACUGGCCCAUAUGAGUGUCCCAAACGUUGAAAAGUUUAUUGAUUUGCUGGUCUCAAUUCCAGCUGAAGGCCAUAAAAACUCCUUUGCUUAUGUGAUGUCUGAGUGGACUAGACAGCAAGGGGAAAUUUUGGGGGCAUACCAGAUCAAAGUAACCACCACCGCAUUGGCUUUGCUAUUAUCCACCAGGCAUGCUGAAUUGGAAAAGAUUGAUGUCCAGGGCCACCUAGUUAAGUCUAAUGCAGGAAUAAUUACUCGUUCAAGAGCUAAACUAGCUCCAGAUCACUGGACACUGAUGCCGCUUCCUGCAAAGAUACUAGCUUUAUUGGCAGAUGCUCUGAUUGAAAUUCAAGAACAAGUUGUGGAUGAUGAUGAAGAGGAUAGUGAUUGGGAGGAGGUUCAGACUGGAGAUGCUGGGAUUGAUCAAGAGUUGCUUUAUUCAGCUAGUGCCACAUCACAUAGUAGACCUACACAUAAGUAUCUUGAUGCAAUGGCAAAGGCUUUCAAUGAGGAUGAUGAGGAUUGUGAAGAUGAGUUCCUCAGUGGUGCUGACCCCCUUAAUGAGAUUAAUCUGGUCAACUAUCUUGUGGACUUCUUAGUCAACUUCUCUCAGAACAAUAGGCCAUUUUUUAAUAACCUUCUGCAGAGUUUAUCUACGGCUCAACAGAAUGCUAUUCAAACAGUGCUGAACCGAUGACCUUAAUAUAUUGAUUGAUGUCAGCAUUGGGGUUAUUCUGUUUUCCCAAGUGCUGCUUCCUGUAGAUUAGCGAGUUUGGGUUUGUACAUCGAAAUUUCUCCUUUGUUAGAUUGUGCUUGGGCUGAUUCAAUUUUGUACUUGAUUUACUAUUUUGCAACAAUGCAUCAGAUGGAAAGCGUCUAUUUAAUUGUGUAAUUGAACUUUAGCAUAAAUGUAAUGUGCGUCAGACUUGCCAGACAAAGGGCAUAUUUAUUAUUCUGAAGUAUAUUUCAGGUGCCAAGCAAAAUUGGAGACUGACUGAAAAAAUGCAAGUUUAGAUGGUAUUUACCUC